GGUCGUGAAUGUGUGAACUGUGGAGCUACCUCGACCCCCCUCUGGAGAAGAGAUGGCAACGGGCAGUACCUCUGCAACGCUUGCGGGCUCUACCACAAAAUCAACGGCCAGAACCGACCACUCAUCAAACCCAAACGACGACUGUCAUCUGCUAGACGAGCAGGUACCACGUGUGCCAACUGCAGUACGAACAUGACAACAUUAUGGAGAAGGAACCAGAAUGGAGAUGCUGUCUGCAACGCCUGUGGACUCUACUACAAACUGCAUAAUGUGAACCGACCAAUCACGAUGAAGAAGGAAGGCAUACAGACAAGAAACCGGAAGUUGUCAUCGAAAGGCAAGAGACACAGACGAUCGGGUGAC